AAGUUGGGAUGUAAUGUUAAAAUUGCACAAGGCAUUGGUGAGGCCAAUUCUGGAGUAUGGUGUACAAUUUUGGUCGCCUAAUUAUAGGAAGGAUGUCAACAAAAUAGAGAGAGUACAGAGGAGAUUUACUAGAAUGUUGCCUGGGUUUCAGCAACUAAGUUACAGAGAAAGGUUGAACAAGUUAGGGCUUUAUUCUUUGGAGCGCAGAAGGUUAAGGGGGGACUUAAUAGAGGUUUUUUAAAUGAUGAGAGGGAUAGACAGAGUUGACGUGGAAAAGCUUUUCCCACUGAGAGUAGGGAAGAUUCAAACAAGGGGACAUGACUUGGGAAUUAAGGGACUGAAGUUUAGGGGUAACAUGAGGGGGAACUUCUUUACUCAGAGAGUGGUGGCUGUGUGGAAUGAGCUUCCAGUGAAGGUGGUGGAGGCAGGUUCGUUUUUAUCAUUUAAAAAUAAAUUGGAUAGUUAUAUGGAUGGGAAGGGAAUGGAGGGUUAUGGUCUGAGUGCAGGUAUAUGGGACUAGGGGAGAUUAUGUGUUCGGCACGGACUCGAAGGGUCGAGAUGGCCUGUUUCCGUGCUGUAAUUGUUAUAUGGUUAUAUGGUUAUAUGGUUAUAUACAUCCUUCUUACAGAAUAUGAUUAAUAAUGAUUAUGCCGAAAGGAUACCAACGAAUCAACUAUAUCGAGAUGAUGGAGAGAUCUGGUAUAUUAAGCUCCAUGGGGUGUACCACUCGAAGAAAGGAACAUUGAGGGUGGUCUUUGACUGUGCGGCAGUCUUUAAAGGGACAUCGCUUAACAGUGAACUACUGCAAGGUCCAGACCUUACUAACUCACUCAUUGGAGUUCUCAUCAAAUUUAGGCAAGAACCGAUAGCUUUGAUGGCUGAUAUCAGAUCAAUGUUUCGUCAAGUGAAAGUAACUGGUAAACAUAUUGAUUAUCUGCGAUUCGUAUGGUGGCCUGAAGGGGAUGUGCAACAAGACCUUGUUGAUCACCGAAUGAAAGUACAUCUUUACGGAGCAGUGUCAUCUCCAAGUUGUGCGAAUUUCGCUUUGAGGAAAACCGCAGACGAUAAUAAAGAUUAUUUCCCAGAGGAGGUAAUUUCCACUUUGAUAAUUAAUUUUUAUGUGGACGAUUGCCUAAAAUCCAUAUCUACUGAGUUAGAGGCAAUUCAAAUGGUGAAACACCUAACCUCUCUCUGCAAUAAGGGAGGAUUUGUACUUACCAAGUGGGUCAGCAACAGUCGUGCUGUUUUGGAAAGCAUUCCACCAGAUGACAGAGCGGAAGAAACCAAGGAGUUGGAUUUAGACAAAGACAACUUGCCAAUGGAAAGGGCACUGGGACUGCACUGGUGCGUGGAAACGAAUGUGUUUAAGUUUAAAUUGGCGAUUCAGGAACGACCAUGCACAAGAAAGGGUAUCUUAUCUGUGAUUGGUUCAGUAUACGAUCCUUUGGGAUUUCUUGCACCAUUUACACUGUUAGCCAAGUUAAUUUUACACAAUCUGUGUAGAGAAAAACUUGGUUGGGAUGAGAGUAUAACUCAAACCUCGCACAGUUGGACAGAAUGGUUAAAAGACCUCUACAAAAUGUCAAAGUUUAAGGUAGAUCGGUGUAUAAAGCCUAAAACCUUUGGUAAAAUCGGAAAUGCACAACAGCAUCACUUUUCGGAUGCCAGCGAAAGUGGUUAUGGGACUGUUUCAUACUUAAGACAACAAAAUGUAAACAAAAGAGUGCAUGUUGCAUUCUUAAUGGGAAAAGACAGAGUAGCACCAUUGAAGCAAAUGACGAUUCCCAGAAUGGAACUUACAGCAGCAGUCUUAGCUGUUAAAAUUGACAUAAUGCUGAGAAAGGAACUGCAAUUUCAACUGGAAGAAUCUACCUUCUGGACCGAUAGCACUACGGUUUUGAAAUACAUUAACAAUGAAAACAAACGUUUUAUGACAUUUGUUGCAAAUAGAGUUUCUUUUGUACUAGGAGCUACUAAUGUUUCUCAAUGGAGAUAUGUUAAUACAAAGGAAAAUCCUGCGGAUGAAGCCUCUAGGGGACAAACAGCAAAUUGCUUUCUUAAUAACAAGAGAUGGAUCAAUGGGCCAAAGUUUCUUAGUAAGCCAAGUAGAGAAUGGCCAAAGCUUGAACUCGGAUUUGAAAUCUCUACAAAAGAUCCAGAAAUUAAACAAAACAUUUUGGUGAAUGUGAUUGAAAAAAACUCAUAUGACACCGUGAAUAAUUUAAUUACCCACUUUUCAUCAUGGAAUAAAUUGAUAACAUCAGUAGCCUGGUUUCUUAAAAUAAAAACAAGAUUGUUGAUGAAGAUUCGGGAAAAGAAACAAAUAACAGAAAGUAUCUUGGAGGAGAAUCCUGAGGAAAGGGAAAAGGAGAUCAAAGUCCAGAUGCAAGUUUUUGAAGCUUCACAUAAGCUUCUAUGUCUUGAUGAUCUCCUCAAAGCAGAAAAUGCGAUCAUUUCUUUCUGUCAAAGACAGAAAUACAAGGAAGAGAUAUUAACAUUGCAAGCUGGAGGAGAGGGAGUAAAAAGAAGUAGUCAAUUGUAUAAGCUCGACCCAAUCUGGGAAGGAGAUCUUCUGCGGAUGGGUGGGCGCCUAAACAGAUUGGCAAUGCCUGAAGAAAUGAAACGUCCUAUCAUUCUCGCUAAGGACUUUUACAUAACGACAUUAUUAUUACGGCAUAUUCAUGAACAAAUUGGGCAUGGAGGAAGAAAUUACAUGCUAUCCCAACUUCGUAAAAAAUAUUGGGUUACCAAGGCUAAUUCAGCAGCAAGAAAGAUAAUAAAAAAUUGCAUCAUAUGCACGCGAGAGCGUGGGAAACUUGGUAUACAGAAGAUGGCAGACUUGCCUGUGGAGAGGAUCACUCCAGACAAACCUCCAUUCACGGAUGUGGGGGUGGAUUAUUUUGGUCCUAUGGAGGUUAAGAGAGGACGUAGCCUUGUGAAAAGAUAUGGUGUGAUCUUCACUUGUAUGGCAAGUAGAGCGGUACAUCUUGAAGUUGCAUCUACACUCGACACGGACUCAUGUAUUCAAGCAUUAAGGAGAUUUAUUUGUCGACGGGGUCAAGUUACUUCGUUAAGAUCGGAUAAUGGUUCGAAUUUCGUUGGAGCGGAUAGGGAACUAAAAAAGGCACUCAAAGACUUAAAUCAGGAUAAAAUCCAAUAUACUAUGCUUCAACAAGGCAUAAAAUGGAACUUUAAUCCUCCAAUGGGUUCCCAUCAUGGCGGUAUUUGGGAACGAUUAAUUCGUAUAGUACGAAAUGUGCUGCGCUCCGUUCUUAGACAACAAAUUUUGGACGAUGAAGGGUUACAAACACUGUUUUGUGAAAUUGAGGCGAUUUUAAACGAUCGACCUAUUACGAAAAGUUCUGAUGAUCCUAAUGACCUGGAAGUACUCACACCAAAUCAUAUUCUUCUGCUAAAACCCAAUCCAACACUUCCACCUGGGCUUUUUGUAAAAGAGGAUUUGUAUAUGAAAUGUAGAUGGAAGCAAGUACAAUAUAUGGCAAAUCUUUUUUGGAGGAGAUGGAUACAAGAGUAUUUGCCUUUAAUCCAAGAACGACAAUGAUGGCUAAGGAUUAAAAGGAACUUUGUUCCAGGCGACAUUGUGUUGGUGGCUGACUCUACAGCAUCUCGAGGUUCUUGGUUAAUGGGAAGAAUACUAGAAAUCAUGCCUGAUGUUCAGGGUUUGGUGUGUAUGGUGUGACUGAAAACAAAAAACAAUGUUUUAAUAAGACCAAUAACUAAGUUGUGCUUGCUUCUAGAAAGCGAAAGCGAAGAUGGAAGAGUCGAUAAAGAAUUGUGAUUGCAGAUAU